ACCGCACCCGGCGUGAACGACAGCGGCUAAAGCUACAUGGUGCUCGGACUCGGCAGCUAACGUUGGGGAUUUGAUAUUCACUCAUCUCACCGCUGAGCCACACUGCGCCAUCAUGGCUCUUUACGAGUAUGUCACCCAGGAUCAGCUGGCGGGCUUCGACAAAUACAAGUACAGCGCAGUGGACUCAAAUCCCCUGUCCGUCUACGUCAUGCACCCUUUCUGGAACUUUGUUGUGAAGUUUCUUCCGACAUCGUUGGCUCCGAACCUCAUUACAUUCACAGGCUUUAUGUUUCUUGUGUUGAACUUCCUCAUGUUGGCCUUCUAUGACUUUGACUUCACUGCCUCUGCUGCAGCACAUGUACACGUGCCUAGUUUGGUCUGGGUUGCUGCGGGGAUCUUCAACUUCUUGGCGUAUACACUCGAUGGUGUCGAUGGUAAACAGGCGCGACGCACCAACUCCUCCACACCACUAGGGGAGCUUUUUGAUCACGGCCUGGACAGCUGGGCCUGCAUCUUCUUUGUGGCCACGGUUUACUCCAUAUUUGGGCGUGGUGAGUGCGGUGUGGGUGUUGCCACGCUGUAUUACAUCCUGUGGGUGGUGCUGUUCUCCUUCAUCCUGUCUCACUGGGAGAAAUACAACACUGGCAUCUUGUUUCUGCCCUGGGGAUACGACAUCAGCCAAGUGACCAUCUCCAUGGUUUACUUGGUCACUGCUGUGGUUGGCGUGGAAACGUGGUACGAGCCAAUCCUGUUCCACUUCCUCUACAGAGACCUUUUCACCUUUAUGAUCAUUGCUUGUUCUUUCACUGUGACCUUACCCAUGAGCCUCCUCAAUGUCCUGAAGGCUUAUCGCAGUAACACUCUGAAGCACAGCAGCCUGUACGAAGCCUUCCUGCCCUUCCUCUCUCCUGUCCUCCUCUUCAUCUUGUCCACCAUUUGGGUGGUGUUUUCUCCAUCCAACAUCCUUGAGCUGCAGCCCAGGACCUACUACCUCAUGGUGGGGACAGCAUUCGCCAAUGUCACGUGUAAGCUGAUUGUGUGUCAGAUGAGUAACACACGUUGCCAGCCGCUCAGCUGGCUGUUGCUGCCCAUGUCGUUGGUGGUGGGGUUGGCGGUCACUGGAGUGGUCGCCAGCGAGACGCUACUGCUGUAUCUGUGGACAUUGGCUGUCAUACUAGCACAUAUACACUACGGUGUAUCAGUGGUGCAACAGCUCAGCGACCACUUCAAUAUCUUCGCCUUCUCCCUGAAGAAGGCCAACAGUGACUGACAGGAGGAAGAACGAAUUGGCUUGAAAGGAGCGGAGGUUUAAACUCCUCCCCUCCUCUACUCUACCGACACUUCACCCUCAUCACCGCGGAAACCACAACCCCUCCCCUCCAUCCAUGACGACGCCGCAAGUGGAACGGACUAUGGCCCCAUUUGUCUCCAAACACACAUUCCGAACCAACCAACCAAACCCUGUCCCAGCGAUGGGGCUGGCCCAGGGGCUCUGGCUUCCGUCAUUGGUGAUUGGCUAACUUGGUUGAGCCAAUGAGGUGCAAUUGUUUCCUACGGAAAUGUGCUUCAGUCAUGAGGACAAGAGCCCUGACGAGCCAUGCAAACACACACACACGAACAAAAGUUAUUCUGCUUUCAUGCAGAUCAUUUAUAUCUUGUGGCAGGUAUUCCCAUACAAACAUACACACACACACACACAGUUAUACACUCACAUAGUAUUAUGAAUGUAUAAAAUGCCUUGGGAAAACAUCAUUUCAGUUUAAAGCAUUGACAGAAAGUAGUGCUAUUUCAAAACUGACCAAACCUCUGAACUCUGACCACAUGCGGCUCUCGCGUUCACAGCUGCGUCCAAAGUUGAAAGGUUCAGUUACCUGUUUUUAAUGGGAUGAUUGGAAGUUUGAAAUCUCUGUGAUAUAUGUUAAUAACUAUAUAUAUAUAUAUCUAUAUAUAUAUAUAAACUGUAUGUGAUGGGUUCAGGGCAAUUUGGUUUCAGUGAAAUGAAUCUUUAAAGAAUUAUCAGUGGUCCUGUAAAACGAUGAAUUAACCCCAAAUUAAUUCCCCAUUCCGCUCUGUAAUGAUGGCUGUUAUGAGCAAGUAGAGUUAACCUCUGACAUUUUGAACUCUACUAAUGUUUGACCUCUGUCUGAGCACUGGCCUCCGAGCUCUCCCUACCUUCUGAGGUGUCGCGGUUUCAUGCUUAUUCGUUCUGUUUCUCUUUUUCUUUUUCUUUUUAACAUACUUUUAUUUUAUGGCAUCAUUUGUUGGUCUGUCUCCAGGGCAGUGGUGUGUGGUCUAGUGGCGCAGCGCUUGAAUGAAGAGUGUGUCCCAAAGCCAGAAACGGAGCGGACUCACUCUGAGGGAACAAACCGUUGCACAGGACACCGCAAACACCACACAACACUGCCUGGUGUCACACUCUACAGCUCAUAUACACACACACACACACAUUGUCACCACACCUUUUAUAUUGUCUGUCAGGUAAUUUGUGUGUUGCCGCAUUUGUUUUGUUUUUCAGUCUUUAAACACUGUUCCUCUAUGUGACUGUUUCUACGGUGAAGAUGGAGAUUCAGUAGUAGCUGCAGACUGGUACAAGAGGACAAGUUCUCAGUGGUUUCAUAAUACAACAUAGACCGUUUGUCAGUGUGACUGUAGUUUGGAUGAGAUAAUUUAUUGUGUGUGUGUCAUCACACACUUUCAGCUCCCUUUUUAGCAUCGUUUCAAAGUCGGCACUUAAUCUGUCUGGACAUUUAUGUAGAAAAGCUACACUCGAGAGUACAGUUCAAGCUCGGCCUGAUCAAACACAAACGAUCAAUGUUGAGCCGAGACUUAGGAAAUGUAAGAGUCUUAUCAUUUUCAAACCUUUACUCUCAACCAGUUUGUUGGAGCGCCUGUUCACAUAUCACACCUCACUUUCCCCUGACAAAAGCCAGGUGGAACAGAUGUGCUACAGUUUGUAUGAAGGAAACUGGUUCAAGUGAACCAACUGUUGGGAAAGCCUUGCACUUGCCUUGUGAAUGGUAAGUCCUGUCUGGAGCAUUGUGUCAGUUGUCUGAAUGAACAUUUAGUCUGAAUGUGAAUGUGAGUCGAGGUUAUUUGGGUCCUGCUUACUGAUUAAAUGGUGCAUAGGAAAUAACAUGUAAAAAUAUACUUGCAUCUUGGACUUCAGAUUUGCUAAUGCUUUUCGUUCACUUGAUUUUGUACAUACACUGUGAGCAACAGUGAACAUGUACACCCUGCAGUGUCACUGCAGUCCUGUCAGGGAGAGCAGUACAUCCAGCUCUACUGCCAUUACAACCCUGUGAAGCGGCCCAUGGUGGUUUCCCAUAGCUCUGCACUGCGGCUGUGGAAAGCUUGUAUACAGUCAAGAGCACAUUGUAAUAGUUGACAUUUUGAUUUCACAAGUCCUUUUUAAUAAAGCCCCACAUCUGUGACUGUAGUGACUUGAGAACAGCUGAUUGUGAGAUGCACUGUGUGUAUGUGCUGAUCCAUGUAUGUAUGGGUGUCUACUCUGUAUGUGUGAAUAUCUUUGUAAAUACAUACAUUGUUUCUUCAUUUUUAUAUUUUAUUUUCUUGAAACGGGAUUGUUUCUCAGUUGGUUGAAUUUUUUUUCUUCUUUUUUCUUGUACCACUAUUUACGUGAGAUGCUCAACCAGUAGAGGAGAACCAAUCAGCAGUGAUCUUGUCAAUGCAAAGCUUCGUAGCUGUCGAGGAAGCAGUUCCUACAUCUGAGUUUUAUGAACUAUUUUCAUCUCCGCUGCUCCACUCGCUGAUUGGAUCGUCCUGGAGGUCACCACUCUGGGAUAGUUUGGAGGCUGCAGAAACUACAAACAGUGCUAAAUGCAAACAAGCAUUUCAAGUCCAAAUUAGCAAAUUAAUCUGCCAGCAGAGUGAGAUACACAAAGAGACUAAACAAGGCAGAAAAACGUAAUAAACACAUUGCUCAUUGUUGCUAGAUAAAUUCCUACUGAGUUCCUUAUAGUCAAAGCUCAAUUCUCACAGUUACUUUCUCUGGGCAUUUUUCUGUACUGUGCUCCUCAGCUUAACUCACCACAUUCUAGGACAAACUGCCCCUCGUCCUGGAUUAAUGACCCAAACCUUUCAAAUUGUGAUGAAGUUGUUGUAAAAUGCUGCUCUGGAUAACACUCCAGGGCUCCUGGGUGGCUACUUGUGACGUUGUAUUUAACCAGUGGAAGAAAAGACUGUCCAGAAUCAAAUAAAAGUGAUUUUUUUCUUUAACCAUG